AUGUAUCUGCACAUGGAUUCUGCAGGGGUCCGUCUGCGCAGCUACGCGCGAGGCAAAGUGUCGCGAGUGGCUCCAGUCAACCGCAACCUCAUCAGAGCGCAAUGGCAUUACGCGUGGGACCAACAGGUUAUGCUCAGAUCCGCACUGACAGGAAACGACAAGCUAGGUAACCAGUGCAUCGGCCUGGCAUAUACGCUGCAGAGGAUGCUUCCAAUGCCUGAGCUCGAAGAAAGAUCUGGGACCGAGGCCAGGAAUUACUGCAGAGCUCGCCGAGUAGCGGCCGGGACUAUUGAAGUCUUGGAAGGAUUAUACGCCGCUGGUAUUCAAUACAGCACUCGCACGCAGCCUAUCGAAAUGGUUGAAGUGGACACCAUUCUCCCUUCAACUACUACGCUCUUCUGGGAGGCUUAUCCCUUGCGAAAAGAAGCAAUUCCACUAAAGAUCAACCUCCUGCUAUCAGCUCGCAACGCCCUGGGCGGCAUUCUGGGCGACACUGUUCAAAUCUUGCUAUUCAACAGAAGCCAACAUUCAAUGUCCACUUUGCUACAAACAACGCGCACCGUGAUACAACGACUAGACGACUGGGGAAACGAGCUACCGAAAGAGCUUCGACGAGUCCCUGAAAUGCCUAUCGCUUCGUUUGACCUGCAGUGGGUGAAUCUUGUCUAUAACGCAGCGGGCUAUCGUUUUGACUGA